AGUCCUAAAGUGCGUGUCGCCAAUAUAACAUAAUUCACCUUAAAGAAGGAGCGUUUUCCUGUCGGUUGCACCAGUUUCGCAAUUUAAGGAGACCAACAAUGGAGUCACUGAUUGCUGCAAAUACCAAGUUCUCCCUGGACCUGUUUAAGAACAUAGCUGAACAUAAGAAAACGGAUAACAUCUUCUACUCUCCACUCAGCAUCUCCUCAGCUCUGGCCAUGGUGUACAUGGGCGCCCGGGGGAACACAGCUACACAGAUAGCUGAGUCUCCCCUUCAUGAAGCUGAUGAUGACAUUCAUGCUGGAUUCAACAAACUGAUGUCUGAACUCAACAAAGAGGGUGCCCCGUAUGCACUGAGCCUGGCAAAUCGCCUGUAUGGGGAGCAGUCUUACGAGUUUGUGGAGAAAUACAUUCACGACAAAAAGAGGUUCUAUCAGGCAGAGCUGGAGACUGUUGACUUCAAAUCAAAAGCAGAGGAUGAAAGGGUGAAGAUUAACAGCUGGGUGGAGAAGCAGACUCAAGAUAAAAUCAAGAACCUGCUGUCGAAAGGGGUUGUUGACAAUAUGACCAGUCUGGUGUUGGUGAAUGCUAUCUAUUUUAAGGCUAAUUGGGACAAGAAAUUCAAAGGGAGAGACACAUAUGAGCGGCAAUUCAUAUUGAAUAAGAAUGAAAGUAAGCCGGUGCAGAUGAUGAAACAGACAGCCAAGUUUGGUUUGGCGUUCAUUCCGGAGGUCAAUUGUCAGAUUCUGGAGAUGCCUUAUAUUGGUAAAGAGCUGAGCAUGCUCAUUAUUCUGCCCAGAGAGAUUGAGGACGACUCCACAGGGCUUGAGAGGUUGGAAAGGGAGCUCACGUACGACAAGCUCAUCGAGUGGACACAGCCUGAGAAGUUGAAAUAUACUCAUUUAGUUUUGGCUCUGCCCAAGUUCAAGGUGGAAGAGACCUAUGACCUGGAAGGAAUUCUGGUCAGUAUGGGCAUGAAGGAUGCCUUCGAUGUGUCCAAAAGCGAUUUCUCUGGCAUGUCUCCCAGCAACGACCUGGUGUUGUCCAAAGUGGUGCACAAGGCCUUUGUGGAGGUGAACGAGGAGGGCACAGAGGCUGCUGCCGCCACUGCUGUCACCAUGAUGCUUGGAUGUGCCAUACCACCCCCAGAUCGGUUCAUCGCAGACCAUCCCUUCCUGUUCUUCAUCAGACAUCCCCACUCUAAAGAAAGACUUUCUGCAUGUUAA